AUGUCCACAACAGUUACUCAGCAACCUCAAGGUUCAACACUCAGAGAAUACAAACGGUGGUUGCGUGUGUCCCUUUAUACAAUCUUUCUUCUUGCAGGCCAAUGCACAGCCACACUUCUGGUAAGGUUCUACUUUGACAAAGGUGGUAAAAGCAAAUGGAUUGCAGCAUCUGUUCAAUCAGCUGGAUUUCCUGUACUAAUUCCACUCCUAUUUUACUCUGCAAAAAAUGACAAAUCAACAAACCAUGAUUCCUCCAAAAUCGAAACCAAACCAAAACGUUCCGUCAUACUUUCCCUGUACCUAGGUUUUGGCCUAGUGAUUGCAGCAAUGGACUUGUUGUAUGCCUGUGGACUCUCAUAUCUUCCUCUUUCCACUUUUGCCCUUGUUUGUGCAACCCAAUUAGCCUUCAAUACAGUAGCUAGUUACUUCCUCAAUUCCCAGAAGUUCACUGCAUUGAUAUUCAACUCUGUAGUUGUCCUUACCAUGUCAGUUACCCUAAUUGCACUGAAUACUGAAUCCGAGGACACAAAGAACCUUUCCAAAGAAAAGCAAAUAAUCGGGAUCGUCUGUACCCUUGCUGCAUCCGCCACGUUCGCUUUACACCACUCUCUCUUGCAGCUCUAUUUUGAGAAGGUUAUAAAGACAGAAACCUAUUCUGCUGUGUUGAGAAUGAGUUUCUACCCUAUGCUCAUUGCUACAGUUGGUGGCGUUGUGGGAUUGUUUGGAAGUGGAGAUUGGAGAAGUAUGGGAAUGGAGAUGAAGGAAUUUGAAUACGGUAGGGUGUCCUAUGUAAUGACUCUGGUUUGGACUUCUGUGACAUGGCAAAUAGCAUGCAUUGGUAUGUUAGGGUUGAUUUUUGAGGUAUCUUCAUUGUUUUCUGUUGUAAUAGGUAACCUGGAAUUGACCUUAACUCCUAUCCUUGCUGUGAUUGUCUUUCAUGACAAGAUUUAUGGGGUGAAGGUUAUAGCCUUCUUGUUAGCUAUAUGGGGCUUUCUGUCCUAUAUAUAUCAACAUCAUCUGGAUGACCAAAAGGCCAAGCAAGAUAAAAGUGCUGCUGGCCUUCAGGGUUCAAAGGGAGAAGGAGAAAUUUGA